AUGCCACUCAUAACCAAACGCUUCAUCCUGGAGACGCUACAUGGCAUGAUGGACCACGUUCGGCUGCCUCAAAUCAAGCUUCAAUGUUUUGAUGGCAACAUCGACGAUUGGUUGAGUUUCAGGGAUCUUUACACUUCCCUGAUUCACGAAAAACCCGAUCUACCAGCAGUGGAGAAAUUUCACUAUCUGAAGGGAUGCCUGGCGGGUGAGGCAAAGGCACUGAUCGAUCCGCUAAAGAUCACAAGAGACAAUUACCAGGUUGCUUGGCAGACGUUGCUAAAACGCUAUAACAACAACAAGCUUCUUAAAAAGAAGCAGGUGCAAGCGAUAAUCAAAUUGCCGUCGCUCAUCAAGGAAUCAGCCACGGAUCUCCACAAAUUGGUUGAUGGAUUCGACCGUGUGAUUCAAACGCUGGACCAAAUUAUCCAGCCAGCGGAUUACAAGGAUCUGCUGCUGGUGCAACUUCUAAGUUCUCGUCUCGAUCCUACCACACGACGCGGGUGGGAAGAACAUUCGUCUACGAAGCAGCAGGACACUGUGAAGGAUCUGCUGGAAUUUCUACAGCGGAGAAUACAAAUUCUCGAAGCUCUACCAGCGAAGGUAGAAACGAAGAUCGACCAUUCCCUACUACCGAAACGGAAACCGUUCUCAGCGAAGGUCAGCAACAACGCCGUACAGUCGAACAACGCUAAGUGUCCGUCGUGUUCGGAGAUUCAUGGACUCCACAUUUGUCCAGCCUUUCUGAAGAUGUCAUUGUCCAGUCGAGAGUCCCUACUGCGGGCUCAAUCGCUCUGCCGCAAUUGCCUCAAACGUGGUCAUCUUGCUCGAGAGUGUGCAUCGAAGUUCUCUUGUCGGUAUUGUAAGGCACGACACCACUCCUUGCUGUGCUUCAAGGCAGGAGACGCUAACGGUAGCCAAGGAUUAUCAGGAAAGUCGAAUCUGGGAGAUAGCGCUAAGCAGGACGGCACAGGUGCGAAUUCGAAGGCAGCGAAUGCCUCAGCGGUUGAAUCUACUUCGUCCAACGCGGCACAGUGCGUCUCAUCUCAGGUUCUCCUAGCUACAGCAGUCGUAGUGAUCGAAGACGACCAAGGUUCUCGCUAUCCAGCACGAGCGCUACUGGAUUCAGGGUCGGAAUGCAACUUCAUCACCGAGAAUCUUUACCAGACGAUGAAGGUAGCGGUUAAAACGACGGACAUUUCGAUUAUGGGCAUCGGACAAUCAAGCACUAAGGCAUCUCGCAAGAUCAAGGCGGUCGUCAAGUCUCGAAAUUCGUCGUACGCUCGAUCGAUGGAAUUUCUCGUUCUACCGAAGGUCACAGCUUGCCUACCAACCUCUACAGUUCAGGCAAAUGGAUGGGAUAUACCGGUAGACAUCGAAUUAGCGGAUCCGGAGUUUUUCCGGUCAAGAAAGGUCGACUUGGUGUUAGGGAUCCAAGCUUUUUUCAGCUUCCUCCCAACCGGAAGGGAAAUCCAACUUGGAAAGGGUUUACCUGUGCUGACCGAGUCCGUAUUUGGGUGGAUAGUGACAGGCGAAAUCACUACAGCAAGUCAGGGUACCAAGUACACUUGCAAUAUGGCAGUCUCGGACGAUCUGGAGGAACUAAUGGCACGGUUUUGGUCCUGCGAGGAAGUGGGAGCCGUCAGCAAAUUCUCUCCAGAAGAAGCGCACUGCGAGGAGAACUACGAACGGACAGUCAAGCGGGAAUCGGACGGACGAUACACGGUCACCCUCCCCAAGAACCCCGAAGUUUUGGCGGAAAUCGGUGAAUCGAAGGAUAUUGCUCUGAGACGGCUGCGAGCGGUAGAACGAAGGUUGUCCAAGGAUGAGCGGCUUCGGAAGCAGUACAGCGACUUCAUGACUGAAUAUCUGGAGCUCGGUCACAUGCGAAUGGUGGAUGACUGCGAGGAGAAUAUAGUCAAGCGUUGUUUUCUACCCCACCACCCGGAUCAAGAAAUUUGGAGGUACGUUCAGGCAAGGUCGUGUGGAGGUCGAAUCAUUCUGUGGUCGGAUGCUCUCCGACAUAGUCAUCGAUCUGUGGAAGACCAAUCCGACGAUGAUGAUGUAUCGGUUCAGGAGGAGUACGAGUUCGAUUCCUCAUCCAACGACUCGCCGUGUGAAGAUGUGCUCGAUGACGAUGAGCGCGAGGGGACAGAAACCAGUUCGAUUGAUAAAGAAAUCAAGUCGCUGAAGAUGCACGGUACCUGUAAGUUGGCGAAUCUGCUCGCUGAUCGCAAACCCGUAGGCAGUAAGUGGAUUUUCAAGCGCAAGGUUGACGAUUAUGGCAACAAAUUCGAGACGGACUUCGACGAGCUGUUCGGGUUGACCGAGGCGAAGUCGUCGAAGAUUCCUUUGGACCCUGGCCACUUGCAACAAAAGGAGGAGAAUGAGAAGCUGUCGAACAAUCACCAGUACUCAAGCUUGAUUGGUGGUUUGGUGUAUGUGGCAGUUGACACCCGACCGGACUCAAGCUCACCCAGGAUCACGAGCGUGUACUGA